AUGGAGCCGUUCUUACAGAUCGCACCACACUCCCUUGCUAUUGUACUCUCACGUAUCGUGGCAGACGAUUCGCCCGGCGUUACCGAGAGCGAGGAUCCUCCACAUCAUCAUACGGGGUAUGAAAUUUUCGCAGACUUCAAAUCACUAAAUAUAAAACACUUCUGGAAUAAAAUGGUGUCCGACGCCAUUGAGGAAACCUUUUUCUUGGGAUGGAUAGACGAGCAUGUGCUGUUGAUCCAAGGGAAAGAGGAUCACCUGGAGGUUCUACGGGAAGCGUGGAUGAGAAGGUCUCUUAAACCGCCUCAGGGCUUCGACAUUAAGUACCUAGGUGAUGUGUCUCCUAUCAGCAUGUCACCCAUUAGCCAGUCGCAGUUCAUCCCACUGGGAGAGAUCCUCUGCCUGGCCAUCUCUGCCAUGAACUCCGCCCGCAAAGCUGUCACUCAGGAGACCCUCAUCGAGCACCUAGCAACAUGCUUCCCAGGUGUCCCCACCCCAAGCCUGGAGAUUCUGCGUCACACGCUCAACAUGCUGGUCCGGGAAAGGAAGAUCUACCCCACCCCAGAAGGAUACUUUAUCGUCACGCCACAAACGUACUUCAUCACGCCCUCCCUCAUCAGAACCAACAGCAAGUGGUAUCAUCUGGACGAACGGAUACCUGACCGGCUACAGCAGCAAUGCACCUCUCCCCACUCUGGAACUAUGACCCCGUCCACCUCAGGCUGUGUCAGGGAAAGACCUAACCACAAGAACCACUCAGACUCCUACAACCACAGCCACCGGGAAGACAUACCUAGUCAUCAUUCCUCCACACUCCAGAGGAAGUCCACGAAGGAGCACAAGGAUCCUUUUCCUGUUCCGGCACCACCUCAGCAGUGCUCCGCAGAGAAGAGCAAGAGCACCAUUAGCUUCCCCUUUAAAACAGACACUAUGAGUAAACAUAAGGACGGAAGUAGCAGUGGAGGGGAAAAGCAGUCCAAGAAGUUUGGUCUUAAGCUCUUCAGGCUGAGCUUUAAGAAAGACAAAACCAAGCACCUGGCUACAUUUUCCGCCCAGUUUCCACCAGAGGAGUGGCCAUUACGUGACGAGGAGACUCCUUCCACGGUGCCCCGGGAUGUGGAAAUGGAGAUCAUCCGACGAAUCAAUCCUGACCUGACGGUGGAGAACCUGGCUCGGCACACGGCAGUGAUGAAGAGGCUGGAGGAGGAAAAGGCCCAGAGAAACAAAGCAAGCUCUUCAGCUCAGCAGAGCACUCGCAGCAAGAGGAGCCGCAGCCAUCGCAAACCUCAGCAGGGAAAGCCCUCACGUUCCCAUAGCAAGACUCGAACUUCUAGGGGGGACCCAUCUGAGGGCUCCAACCUGGACCUUGCCUACGACAGGGACUACAAGUUUUAUAGUUCCUCUCUUGUACGCUCGCCACGGGAAACCAUGAUGUCCAUGGAAAGAAACCGGGGGAAAUAUGUGAUGCACAGUAACCCCAACAUCGUUGAAUCCCAUUUCACCACCACUCCAGAAUGGGAUGUGUCUGGUGAACUGGCCAAAAGGAGAACAGAGAUGCCCUUCCCAGAGCCCUCAAGGGCACAGUCGCAUUCUAAGGUCCACCGCAGCCACAGCCACACACAGGAGAGGAAGUCACGCCAUGAAAGGUCAGACAAGGCCAAGGAGAGGUCGCGCUCCAUGGACAAUUCUAAGGGGCCUCUUGGUGGCCCAUUUCUAGGCAGUCCAGGGGACUUUGAGGGCAGUCCCGAGGACAGGAGUCAUUAUUACACAGAUGAUGGGACUCUGAGGGCAUCGGCUCAAACAUCCCAUUAUUCUCGUGUCAUGCUCUCUGCUGCUAAGUUAAAUGCUGACAUUUGUGUGCCUGAUGUUGGACGGGGAACCCCUGAGGAUGCCUUGCUCUGUAGGCCUCUGGAAAAGAGCAAAAGUAGGGACAGUUUGCCAAGCUAUGGUGACCUAAAGGCUUGCUCUCCUAAAACACCAGUGGAUGACUAUUUCCAGUGUACAGCGUCAAACGAGGCCUCACUGUCAGCACCUUGUCCUAGUGAUGGUGUCAGGAAGGGUGUUCCCUCUGACCGUCAAACUCCUCAUCUUACCUCGCCUCACCCUGUUGAGUUCCCAGAGGAUGGUACAAAGGUACAGAACAGCAUUCCCUUACCGGUGCCUAGCCAGACGCCUGAGCCUUUACCUAUUGGACGAUUGAUCCAUCAGCAGCAUCCUGACUCAGGUGAUCUGGACAACAUGGAGGUUUAUAGCCAGGACACUUUGUUCCAACCUUCUGACUAUGUUGAAAGCAGCUAUCCAAAGCCAGGCACAUUGCGCAGUUCCCUGCACGCGCAGUCGGCCGAGGUCCUUGAAACCCAGGAGUAUUUUGAGAAGCCUCUACCACUGUCGGUGCCAUCGUCAUCUGGUCAGGAACAGGCCUCUUGUGCAGAAACCACCUUCGACUACUACAAUGUGUCAGAUGAUGAUUCCGAGGAGCCUAGUCAUAAGAAUACAGAGGAAGAGAAGGUCAUGGAAGGUGGUGGGACAAUGCAGUGGCUCCUUGAGCGUGAGAAGGAACGUGACCUUCAGCGUAAGUUUGAGAAGAACCUUACCCUCCUCAGUCCGAAGGAGAGCGAGAGCAAUAACAACCAGAAGUCAGCUCACUCAACGCGUUUGGACAGCAUGGAUAGCAGCAGUGUUACUGUUGACAGUGGAUUUAAUUCACCACGCACCCGGGAAAGCCUUGCCUCAAACACUUCUAGUAAUGUGGAAAAUAACAGACGGCAGAAUAUGGCUUUGAGUCCAGGACACCUCGGUACCAAACGACCUCCACCUCCCUACAACUUUCGGACCAUACGAGAGCCCCCUACGACCAGAACUGAGAAACAAGCCUCCAUCACAAGUGUGUAG